AUGAGUACUGUUACUUCACCUGAGACUCCUGUUGCUGCUGCUGCUGCUGGUGGUGGUUUCCCCACCCAACUGAUGAGGGAAGAGGAAGCAUUAAAUCGGGCCAAUCAUCUUGAUAGUGAUACCUUGGAAGGUUCAUGUCAAAACUUUGCUAAACAACCCAAGAACGACUUGUUGGGUCCCAUAUUAGUAUUCAAAUUGGCUACAAAAUUACUCGAGCUUAGACAAACCCUGUCCGUUGCUAAGUAUGCUUCUGAAUUUACUGGUUAUAGUUCAUAUCUCCUGGAUGGAUUUUUUUCUGAUACGGUGUUAAAAAAUUCAUUCUAUAGAGGAUUAAAGGUGUAUGUCAGAUGUUUGGUUUUCAGUGAGGUGUUUGACCCAGAUUGUAGUCUUCAUCAAUUGAUUACUAAAUCCCUAUUAGUUGAUUAUGCUAUUUUCGAUGAUCGCUCUUUUGAUGAUAAUUUUUGCGGUAUGCUGAGUAGAACUCAAUGGUCCUCCGAACCUGUUGCCAUGGAAAUUGACACUAUUUCUGUUGGAAGGUUAUCCAAGGCGGAGAGAGAUUUUUUGAGAAACAACAAUGGUUGUUUCCGUUGUACGAAGUUGGGCCAUAAACGUUAUGAUUGUCCAUUGGAGAACAAGCAUAUUGGUGGUUCUGCAACCCAUAGAAGACGUGCUAAUCAAAAGAAAAACUAA